CAUACAGCCGUUGGGCCUUCGAAUGAGAGAACCCAUCCAAAAUUUAACCCCACCCAUUGACCAAAUCUCUAAAAUAGAAACCCCUCAGAACCCUCCUUGGCUAAUGAAUAAACCCAAAUUAAAUUUAUCCCUCCUCAAUUUCAAAAAAGAAAAUACAUACCCAAGCAUACUACAAGUCCACUUUAGGGAACUGCAGGAGAGCUACAGAGAUUGUGGCACCAUCUACACAGACGGAUCCAAAAUGGAGGGAAAGGUCGCGUGUGCCUGCUCCUUUCGGAACAAAACAAUCUCCCGUAGACUCCCCGAUGGCUGCUCCAUCUUUACGGCCGAAUUGCACGCAAUAUUGCUUGCACUUAUGGCCGUAAAAGCAUCAGAAAGGAGGAAAUUUAUAAUCUGCUCCGACUCCAAAUCUGCAUUGCAAGCUUUGGGGCGGAUGAAGAUUGACAUCCCAUUGGUACAUAAGAGCCUGAAGCUGUUGGACCAAAUAACAGCCGACCGUAGGGAUGUCACCUUCAUCUGGGUCCCCUCCCAUGUUGACAUUGAGGGAAACAAAGCCGCAGACAGAGAAGCAAAGAGAGCCCUAAAUCAUGCGGUGUCAGGAACCCAAAUCCCCUACUCGGACCUGAGACAAAGACAAAGUAUUGCCUCUGCCACCUAUCGAGAGUGGCAGAACCGAUGGGAGGCUGAGACUUACAGUAAACUCAGGCAGAUUGUGGCGGAUGUCAGGUGGCGGCCCACAUCUAAGGGUCUGACAAGGCGUGGUAGCACGACCAUGUCCAGACUUAGGAUUGGCCACACCUACAUCACGCACUCUUUUGUACUGAAGAAAGAGGAGCCCCCACUUUGUGAGUACUGUGACUCUCGCCUCACCGUGGAACAUAUCCUCGUUGAUUGCCCCAGAUACCAGGAUGUCAGAGCGAAAUAUUUUAGAGUCACUAAUUUAAAUACACUAUUUGAUAAUGUCGACCCUGGGAAGGUACUGGGCUUUAUCCGGGAAGUGGGGCUAUCUACGAAGAUCUGAUUUAUGAAUUUGUGAACAUGCACUAUUUACAUUAGAUUUUUACCAAAUAUUUAAAUUUUUACUACCUUGACUAUUUUAACUGUGAAUAGACCUUGAUUUUAAUGAUAUGACUGUUUAGAAUCUGGCCCUGUUGUUUAGAGAGAGAGUAGUCCUUAAGGGACUGCAGGCACGACAUGGCCUAAAUUGUGCCGAUGUGCCUCAAAUCAAACAAACAAACAAACUGAUUCAAAGUUUUACUCCUCUCACUGCUUUGUUUGCAUAAUUUAUACUUUCCAUGAUAUUACUUAAUAUUUUCUUUGCCUAAUUUAAACUUUCCCGAAAAUUACUCGAAAUUUUCUUUGCCUUUCAACUUUACCUGGUAUAACUCAAUAUUUUCUUUGCUGAAUUUCAAAAUUUCCCUGGUAUUACUCAAUAUUUUCUUUGCCUUACUUAAACUUUCUCUGGUAUUUCUUAUUAUUCUUUUCCUACUGUAAAUUUUCUCUGGUAUUACUUAAUAUUAAUAUUUUCUUUGCCUAAAUUAGGGGUUUCAUAAAUACGAACAAUCAUCACUUAAUAUAUUUCAACUCUAACUCCAGCUUACAUUGAUAAUACUUAAAUACUUAAUAAAGCACACGAUUAUAUUAACCUUAAGUAAAUAAUACACUUCAAUCAACUUUUUGAGAUAUAAAUAUAAAAAACACCAGUCCAGGAAGAGACCUCACUAACUUAACACACUCUCUCACAUUCGAGGAAGACUUAAUCACUCAGUUCACAACACGUGCAAGACUAUUUACAUUCACCAUUCACAUUAACAAUAAGUGGAUAUAACAAUCAUAUCAAAGUAACAUUCCUUUUCGCCAUACCUUCCCCUAACAGUAUACAUCAGUAAUGUUGUCUAAUUUAACUUUCCCUGGUAUUUCUCAAUAUUUUCGUUACAUAAUUUAUGGCUUCCCUGGUAUUUUUCAAUAUUUUCUUUGCCUAAUUUAAAAUUUCCCUGGUAUUACUUAAUGUUUUCUUUGCCUAAUUUAAAAUUUCCCUGGCAUUACUCGAUAUUUUCUAUGCCUUUUUUAAAACUUUCCUAGGUCUUACUUAAUAUUGUAACGAAUCUCACUAUGCAGACUCUCUGCAAACUGCACGACACACCACCAACUUAAAGAACUUAAAAAUGUCCGAAAAUCACAACCAACACUGUACAAUUGGCAACACGUAACACAGGCUGUACAAAUAUUUCUCUCCAAUAUCAACCGGAUCGCCGUAUCAACUCUUCUACUGAGCUCACUGUCUCUUUUCGGGCAUGCACUGGGUUCAACAGUUAAGAACUGAUAUCACACACUAGGCUCGUUGUGUCACACUAGAUCGCAGACCAAGAUCAAGACGCCAGUCGUUUUGACUGUACUUGACAGUACUCCGCACUGAACCGUCGUAAUGCGCAGUACAGAACCAAACCGCUGAACCACAUUGAACUAUGCUGUAGUCUACCGGAUUGUGGGAAACCGGGCUGUAGUGAACCGUGUUCUGAACCGCCUGACUGUGACACCAUUGCUCUUUAUAUAGGGUCCCUAUUAGCCUUCUAGAACUGGACGGAACAUCUUCUUGACCCUUCUGGUAAUCACAUGACAAUAUCCCUCGUGACGUUACUAAGCACUAUUCGCACAACAGAUCCUUCCCUAACUAUCUUAGCUGACCGUCGUAAUUCGUUACGGUCGCUCGUCUGGCGCUGGCCUGGAGCGAUUGGCCUCGGCUGACUACACACAAACCACUACCCCCAUCUGUGUCAUCAUCAGGCUUAUAACAACAUUUCCUUUGCCUAAUUUAGACUUUCCCUGGUAUUAAUAAACAUUUUUGCCUAAUUUGAACUUUUCCUGGCAAUACUCAAUUUUUUUCUUUCCCAAAUGAAUUAAACAAUUCUAAAAUAAAACUUUUCCCUUUCAAAACUUAAAAAGAAGUUGUUGCAACAGAACUUUGCAAGGUCUAAAUUAUACAAACAUUUUUAUUUCUAAAAUUUUUACAAUUUUUUUUGCGAUCUGAACGUGACUGAUGGAAGAAAAAUUACAGGGAAAUAUAAGUGGCUUUUUUUCUUUAGGCGCCCAAUGACAAUCUCCUCCAUUGCUUUUUAUUUUGAAAGCAAUUGAAAUUAGCCAAAUCAAUUUUUAUAUCUUAAUUUUAUUUUUCAUUUUUUUGAAAAAUUAAGUAUCCAUCGCUGCAUAUUCGAAAUUUUUUAAACAUAUAAUGUUAU